AAUAAACUAGGGAUUUUAUUGAGACUGCUUCACCAGCUCUCUACACUCCAGAAGCCGCCAGAGAAACUCGACAAGCAUCCAUGGUGGUUUUCGAAAUAGGAGCAGUGCCCUUUAAUCCAGACGGAUGGGGACCGCCGGAAUCCUCCACCGUUGGCUCCCUAUCCGCCUCCAGCCAACCUUCAUACGUUCCAUUCGCGCCGUUCUCCCGCUCCGACAAGCUCGGACGAAUUGCUGAUUGGACUCGAGGUUUUCCGGGACAGAACCGGCCUGGCUACAACACAAAACAGAGCGCUGCGGAUUCGGCUUUUGAUUUCUCCGGGGACGAUUCUUUCGGCCCGUUGGCUGCAGAUGAUGAAUCUUCCUUCCGUUUAGUCGACACCGCCUCGAAGUCCCACCAUCAUGGCCAGGACCGCCCCAAAUUCAAUUCUAGGCGGCGCUUCCCCUUCCAAAACCGAUCUAUGCUCCCUCAACGCCGUGACGAGGAGGUGGAAGCUCGCAAGCGCGAGGCAGAGAAGGAACGUGCUCGCCGUGACCGUCUCUACAACCUCAAUCGGUCCGGUACGAACGCUGGUUCUCGCCGUGAGUCUUCUGUUUUCAAAUCCUCAGUCGAUAUACUGCCUGAAUGGACCAUGCUCGAUCAAAUCCCUUUCUCAACCUUCUCAAAGCUCUCGUUCUCCGCUCCUGAACCAGAAGAUCUGUUAAUCUGCGGCGGCCUUGAGUAUUACGACCGAUCCUACGACCGAGUCACUCCUAGAAGCGACCGCAGGCUCGAGCGUUUCAAGAACCGCAACUUCUUCAAAGUUACCACCACAGACGAUCCAGUUAUCCGACGUUUAGCCAAUGAGGAUAAAGCCAACGUCUUUGCCACUGAUACCAUCUUAUCGACACUGAUGUGCGCGCCCAGAUCUGUUUAUUCAUGGGACAUAGUGAUUGAGAAAGUUGGGAACAAACUCUUCUUCGAUAAGCGUGAUGGGUCACAACUGGAUCUUCUUUCUGUCCACGAGACAUCCCAGGAGCCAUUGCCUGAUGUCAAGGAAGAUAUAAACUCGGCUUAUUCUCUAAGUGUUGAAGCUGCUUAUAUAAACCAGAACUUCUCCCAACAAGUUCUGGUAAAGGAAGGGAGUAAGGUUACCUUUGAGGAACCAAACCCAUUUGCCAGUGAGGGAGAGGAAGUUGCCUCUGUUGCUUAUAGGUAUAGAAGGUGGAAGCUUGAUGAUGAUAUUCUUUUGGUUGCUAGGUGUGAGGUGCAGUGUGUGAUGGAAGCCAACAACCAGAAGUCAUUUUUGACAGUUAACGCAUUGAAUGAGUUUGAUCCCAAGUUUUCAGGGGUUGAUUGGAGGCAAAAACUGGAGACUCAAAGGGGGGCAGUUUUAGCCACUGAGUUGAAGAACAAUGCCAAUAAACUUGCUAAAUGGACUGCACAGGCUUUGUUGGCUAGCGCAGAUAUGAUGAAAUUGGGUUAUGUUUCUAGGGUUCAUCCUAGGGAUCACUUUAACCACGUGAUUUUGGCUGUUGUUGGUUAUAAGCCGAGAGAUUUUGCAUCACAGAUAAAUUUAAAUACCUCUAACAUGUGGGGAAUCGUGAAGAGCAUUGUGGAGUUGUUUAUGAAGUUGAAUGAUGGAAAGUAUGUACUUGUUAAAGACCCGGCAAAGCCCCAAGUCAGAAUCUAUGAGGUCCCACCUGAUGCUUUUGAGAAUGAUUAUGCUGAGGAGCCUCUGGCUGAGGAAGAUCAGGUUCAACCACCUGCAGAAGAAGGGGGUGAGGGCGAGGGUGAAGCAAAUGUUGCAGAAGCAAAUGAUGUCGAUGGCAAGGAGAAGGAGCCUCUUAACAAUGAAGCAUCUUCUUGAAGGUGAUGAAUGAAUUCAAGCACUACAUAGACCUUUCUUUAAGUUUUUUUUGCAGUUGGUAAUAUUCUUGCCAUGAAUCAUGAAUGCGAGGGGUUUACUGCUUUGUUUUCUUUUCCAGUUGAUACUGAGGUUUAAUUAAGAGUUUUAAUUUAAUUCCUUACUAAUAAUCUUAUGAAUAUUUUUGCUUUUUUUAUUGUCCUUUGGCAGUCUUACAAUCUUUUCCUAGAUCAA